GCCCAAAGGUGCUUUAAAACGUCACAGAGGAGUGGAUAUUUUGCAUAGUUUUUCUUCAUUCAUUUUAUAUUUUUCCUUCAUUCUUACACCUGGAGUUUAAAGCUUUGGUUGGGCCAUAUUUAUGGAUUGCUGAGAGGACAGACGACAGGUGACUCACAAUGGCCAUGGCUUUGGAUGCAGUGUGGGUGAGGGUGAAGAAUGUUUGCAAGCAGAACGGGCUCCUCAUCAUGUCAGUGAUGGCUGUGGUCAUUGGAUGUCUUUUGGGUUUCUUCCUGAGGACACGGCGUCUCACGGAGCAGGAGGUGAAGUACUUUCAGUUUCCUGGUGAGCUACUAAUGAGGAUGCUGAAGAUGCUGAUUCUCCCACUCGUCGUGUCCAGUUUGAUGUCGGGACUGGCAGCUCUCGAUGCAAAAUGUUCCAGUCGCCUCGGUCUGAUCACAGUAUCGUAUUACCUGUGGACCACCUUUGUGGCUGUGAUCGUGGGGAUCAUCAUGGUCUCCAUCAUCCACCCAGGAGGUGCAGCCCAAAAAGAGGACUCUGAGGACAGCAGCAAACCCAUCAUGAGUUCUGCAGAUGCACUCCUGGACCUGAUCCGCAACAUGUUUCCAGCAAAUCUGGUCCAGGCCACAUUUCAGCAGUAUCGAACAAGCAGCAAUUACAUAAUGAAGCCCAGACCGACAGUGCGUCAGGCCCAGUCAGAGUCCACCACACGGCGGGCACUCGUCUACGGUAUUCAGGAUGACAACGGAACCGACAUCCAGAACUUUGCUCUUGACCUGACUCCGCCCCCUGAUGUUCUCAUACAGACACGAGAAGGAACAAGUGAUGGAAUGAACGUCCUUGGAAUUGUUAUUUUUUCAGCCACCAUGGGUAUUAUGUUAGGAAGGAUGGGGCCAAAUGGCAGUGCCUUGGUAAACUUCUGCCAGAGCCUGAAUGAAGCUGUCCUUAGGAUUGUCGCCAUUGUUAUAUGGUAUUUUCCAUUUGGUAUUGUUUUCCUGGUGGCUGGAAAGAUCCUGGAAAUGAGUGAUCCCUCAGCCAUGGGGAAGAAGCUCGGUUUCUAUGCCAUCACUGUGGUGUUUGGUUUGGUGCUGCACGGCUUGUUUAUCCUGCCUGCUAUGUACUUCUUCAUCACCAAAAAGAGUCCCAUUGUUUACAUACGGGGAAUCCUGCAAGCCCUGCUCAUUGCACUGGCAACCUCCUCCAGCUCAGCCACUUUGCCUAUAACCUUCAAGUGCCUCUUAGAGAACAACCACAUUGACCGUCGCAUCAUCCGUUUCGUGCUACCCGUGGGUGCAACCAUCAAUAUGGACGGCACCGCUCUCUAUGAGGCUGUUGCAGCAAUAUUCAUUGCACAAGUUAAUAAUUAUGAGCUGGACUUCGGUCAGAUCAUCACCAUCAGCAUCACUGCUACUGCAGCCAGCAUAGGUGCAGCAGGAAUACCACAAGCUGGGCUGGUCACCAUGGUGAUAGUGCUAACAUCUGUUGGUCUGCCAACUGACGACAUCACUCUCAUCAUUGCAGUAGACUGGGCAUUAGACAGAUUUCGCACCAUGGUCAAUGUAAUGGGGGAUGCUUUGGCCACAGGCAUCAUGGCACACAUCUGCAGAAAAGACUUCAUGAAAGAGGGAGAUGGGGUACCUUUGAUCUGUGAGACCAAAACAGCAAUGAGCACCCCUCCUGUGAUGAACUGCCACACCAACAAUGGCAACUGCCGACCCCCUCCUUUAGGGGUCAAACACCAGUUCAUCCCUCCUGAAGUGGCUCAACUCAUACAACUGGAGGAGGGUGUUCGGCCGCUUUCAGACAGGAAGAAACCUCCAAUUCCUCCGAGACAUCUGAAGAAGAGCAAAGAACACUGCACUAUAGAUAUGAAUGGCCUUGAGACCAAUGUAUAGCCUCCUCUUGCAGUUUGAAUGGUUCUCUGUAAGUUAUGCUGAAAGGAGCGCAGCAGCAAAGGACACCCGUGCAGGCAGAAGGACAAUACAGAUGAGCUCAUCUAGCUCCACAAAAACCUUUUAAAGUAAAGCAGUUGCAAAAGACUCCACAAUAGCGCAUUUACAGUGGAAUUUAUGGCAACACAAGGACAAUGAUAUGAUUUCUAUUAUAAAAUUUGUCCUUGGUCCUGUACCUGCUAUUACUUGCAUUGAUUCAAUAAUUUUUAUUUGAUAUAUACAUUUUUUAUGACUUUUUGUUUUUGUUUUGUUUUUUGACAAUGUAUUUUUUUGUACUGCUGUACUGCAAGCAGCCAGCUGUUUGCAUUAUAAAAGAUGAGACAGGAUGUCUGCUUGGAGCUAAAUGAUCAGGAGGCAAAGUGAAAUGCACACAUUUUUUAAGUUUGCCUUAACAAAGCUGGUGGUGCUAGGCUGAUGGUUAUUAUGGGACAAGAGGAAGUUGAGUGAACUGAAUUUGUACCCACCCCUGUAGUGAUGUUAUAACUUUGAUAUGUGUUUAAAACAGAGAUUAGAACUGUUUUAUGUGUUUGAACAGCCUCAGGAUCAUUUGAUUUAAUUAAGCUUUCUGGCAUAUUAGCAGCCUGAAAACAUCCACUAGUAAUUUAAUUAAAUGUUUGUCAGUUGACUUGAUAUCAAACAGAAAUUGGCACAUUUCAAUAAAACAUUAAGUUACUAACCAGCUCUUCCAUUUCUGCUGUGUUAGUUGGUUAUUUUUUUCUCAUUUAUGUAGUAAGCCAAUAAAGCACUGGGGGAGCUUCCUCCUGUCAAUACCCAACCUAAAUUAUUUCACCCAAUCCCAACUCCAGUAGAAGAAGGGAAUGGAAAACUACAUGCCUUGUUCCAUCUGGAAACGCAUCUAAAAGUUGAGCUAUUUAAAGGAGUUCAAUAGUCAGAUUUGGGUAACUUAUGCUACAAUUAAAUUAAUCCGACUAUAACACACAUGUAAAAAAAUGUUUUUGUAAAGUGACCUAUAUAAGUGUAUCACUCACACUGGUUAGCAGCGUUGGGAAGGUUACUUUUAAAAUGUAUUCCACUACAGAUUACAGAAUACA